AUGGCCAAUCUCGAGGCACAGGACAAGAUCCGCGACGCGGCCUUCAACAAGGCCAUGCACGGUGACUCGUCCGCAGCAAAGGGUGGAUUUACCGCCAUGCUCAAGAAGGACUCAUCUGCGCAGAAGGCCGCUGUCGACGAGUACUUCAAGCACUGGGACAACAAAGCGGCUAAAGACGAGACCGAGGAAACUCGAGCGCAACGGACUGCCGAGUACGCAACCCUCACAAGACACUACUAUAACCUUGCAACCGACCUAUACGAGUAUGGCUGGGGCCAGUCGUUCCAUUUCUGCCGCUACUCCCAUGGCGAGACCUUCUACCAGGCUAUCGCACGCCACGAGCACUAUCUCGCCCACCAGAUAGGAAUCAAGGAGGGCAUGAAGGUACUGGACGUCGGCUGCGGUGUUGGCGGCCCUGCCCGCGAGAUCGCAAAGUUUACCGGCUGCCACGUUACCGGCCUCAAUAACAACGAUUACCAGAUUGAGCGCGCCACGCUAUAUGCCAAGAAGGAAGGCCUCAGCAAACAGCUGGCCUUUGUGAAGGGUGACUUCAUGCAGAUGGACUUCCCUGACAACAGUUUCGAUGCCGUCUAUGCCAUCGAGGCGACCGUCCACGCCCCCAAGCUUUCGGGUGUCUACAGCGAGAUUUUCCGUGUGUUGAAACCCGGCGGUAUCUUUGGCGUCUACGAGUGGCUCAUGACGGACGAGUACGAUAACGAUAACCUGCACCACCGUGAAAUCCGCCUCGGUAUCGAGCUGGGUGAUGGUAUCUCCAAUAUGGUGCGCGUUUCCGAGGGCCUCGAGGCCAUGAAGAUUGCUGGCUUUGAGAUGUUGCACCACGAAGACUUGGCAGACCGACCCGACCCCUUCCCGUGGUACUGGCCUCUGUCUGGCAACUUUGCGUACAUGCAAAGUCCGUUUGAUUUCUUCACGAUCGCCAGAAUGACCAAGGUAGGCCGCUGGUGCGCGCAUAGACUUACGGGCUUAUUGGAGGCCAUCAAACUCGCCCCCCCCGGCACCAUGAAGACGGCCGACAGCCUGGCUGUCGCAGCUGACUGUCUCGUCGCCGGCGCCCAGGAGAAGCUGUUCACGCCCAUGUACCUAAUGAUUGGCAAGAAGCCUGAGAAAUAG